CAUCAUUUCCUGUCUUCUAUAUAGACUUCCUGUCUGGGUCGAAGUGAGGUUGUGCGACAGCCGAACAUAAGAAAGCAAAAUGUUUUCAGAGUAUGAUUACGACCUCGAUGAAGACAAACUUGGGAUCCCAACUGUCCCUGGCACAGUGACCCUGAAGAAAGACUCCCAGAGCGUUAUCGGGAUAAGCAUUGGUGGAGGAGCCCAGCACUGUCCUUGUCUUUACAUCGUGCAGGUGUUUGACAAUACUCCCGCCGCUCUAGAUGGGACCAUUGCAGCUGGAGAUGAAAUCACCGGGGUGAAUGGAAAGUCGGUGAAAGGGAAAACUAAAGUCGAGGUGGCCAAAAUGAUUCAAAACGUUAAGGCGGAAGUAACCAUUCACUACAACAAGCUCCAGGCCGACCCCAAGCAGGGAAAGACUCUGGACAUUGUACUCAAGAAGGUGAAGCAUCGCCUGGUGGAGAACAUGGGUUCAGGCACUGCUGAUGCCCUUGGUUUGAGUCGUGCCAUCCUGUGCAACGAUGGUCUGGUGAAAAAGCUGGAGGAGUUGGAGAAAACCUCUGAGUUUUAUAAAGGCAUGAUGGAGCACACCAAACGUCUUCUGCGAGCAUUUUUUGAACUCUCAAAAACACAUCGAGCUUUUGGUGAUGUGUUUUCCGUCAUCGGAGUUCGAGAGCCUCAACCGGCCGCGAGUGAAGCUUUUGUUAUGUUUGCUGAUGCACACCGCAGCAUUGAAAAAUAUGGUAUUAACCUUUUGAAGACCAUAAAACCAAUGCUGAACGACCUAAACACCUACCUUAACAAAGCCAUUCCCGACACCAAGUUAACAAUCCGGAAGUACCUCGAUGUGAAGUUCGAGUACCUGUCAUACUGCUUGAAGGUAAAAGAGAUGGACGACGAGGAGUACAGUAGCAUAGCAAUGGCGGAGCCUCUUUACCGUGUUGGCACCGGGAAUUAUGAGUAUCGGUUGAUCUUGAGGUGUCGUCAGGAGGCCCGCUCACGUUUCGCAAAAAUGAGGAAAGAUGUCUUAGAAAAGAUCGAACUCCUGGACCAAAAACACGUUCAAGAUAUCGUAUUUCAGCUCCAGCGCUUUGUCUCUGCCAUGUCUAAGUAUAAUGACCAGUGCUACGAAGUCCUGAAGGAAGCAGAUAUAUUUCCUAUUGAGGUAGAUCUGGCCCACACAACUCUCGCCUAUGGCCAGGGGGAUGCUUUUGGGGGUGAAGAUGGAGAGCUGGAGAAAAAGAAAGAAACGGAUACCGAGGAGAAACUGAUUGAUGAUGAAUAGACUUUGAGCAGGGGUCAUCAACCCUGUCCUUUAGGGCCCACUAACAG